ACGACGGUCCGCUUUCCGGCGGGAGCGCCGGGGCGGGCUGCUGGUGCUGGAGGCUCUCCGUGGUGCCGCGGGUUUGGCGAGUUGCGGACCGCAAGGCCCUCCGCGCGGGUCCCCGCCGAGAUGCCUCCCCUGGAGCACGUGGUGCUGUGUCGCGAGGCUCAGGUGUCCACCUUGCAGUCCCUGUUCGGAGAGAGACAUCAUUUCAGCUUCCCAUCUAUUUUUAUUUAUGGACAUACUGCCAGUGGAAAAACUUAUGUAACACAAACUUUGUUGAAAACUUUAGAGCUUCCACAUGUCUUUGUGAAUUGUGUUGAAUGCGUUACCUUGAGGCUACUUUUGGAACAAAUUUUGAACAAAUUGAGUUACCUUAAUGCUUCAGAAGGAUGUUCUACUGAAAUAAUCUGUGAAACCUUUAAUGACUUUGUUCGAUUAUUUAAACAAAUAACCACAGUUGAAAGUCUCAAGACCCAAACUGUAUAUAUUGUUCUAGAUAAAGCAGAAUAUCUAAGAGAUAUGGAAGCGAAUCUUUUGCCUGGAUUUCUUAGGUUGCAAGAAUUGACUGAUAGAAAUGUGACUGUUAUCUUUCUCAGUGAAAUUAUUUGGGAAAAAUUUCGUCCAAAUACUGGAUGCUUUGAGCCAUUUGUCUUGUAUUUCCCUGAUUAUAGCAUAGGGAACCUUCAAAAGAUACUGUCUCAUGAUCAUCCUCCAGAGUAUUCGGCUGACUUUUAUGCCGCCUACAUUAAUAUUCUUCUUGGGGUUUUCUACACUGUCUGUCGGGAUUUGAAAGAACUUAGACACCUGGCUGCACUUAAUUUUCCUAAAUAUUGUGAGCCUGUAGUUAAAGGAGAAGCAGGUGAACGUGAUACUCGCAAACUGUGGAGAAAUAUUGAACCUCAUUUGAAGAAAGCCAUGCAGACUGUUUAUCUCAGGGAAAUAUCAAGUUCUCAGUGGGAAAAGCUACAGAAAGAAGACACUGAUCCAGGACAACUAAAAGGUCUCUCAGCAUAUACACAUGUGGAACUCCCAUACUACUCUAAAUUUAUUCUUAUUGCUGCUUACCUUGCUUCGUACAACCCAGCAAGAACUGACAAGAGGUUCUUCCUUAAGCAUCAUGGAAAAAUCAAGAAAACCAACUUUCUAAAGAAACAUGAAAAGACAAGCAAUCAUCUCCUUGGACCAAAGUCGUUUCCAUUAGACAGAUUAUUAGCAAUAUUAUAUAGUAUUGUGGACAGCAGAGUUGCUCCAACAGCAAAUAUAUUUUCUCAGAUUACCUCUCUAGUGACCCUUCAGUUGUUAAGUCUGGUUGGCCAUGAUGAUCAGCUUGAUGGACCAAAAUACAAAUGCACAGUUUCACUAGAUUUCAUCAGAGCUAUUGCAAGGACGGUGAACUUUGACAUAAUAAAAUACUUGUAUGAUUUCUUGUGAAAACAAGCUUCAAAGCCAUAUGGACAUUGUGACAAUGACUAAGCCAAGCUGUGUUCAUCCAACUCCUUAGCUGGCCAGGGAGAGGAGUUCUUUGGCUCUCUUGGAUUUGUCCAAACAGGUGCUGGCCCAGCAUGGAAUCUGAUGAAAAUAUUCUGAUUGGUCUGGGUAGAUGUGAGCAGAAGACUAUUUACCAGGGACCCUGGAGUAUUUGGAAGCAACGUGUUAAUUAUAAACAGCAGGGUUUGAGCACAAUCUGUUCUACUCUUAAUGAUGUUAUCUUAACACUGAAAUUGCCUGAAACCCAUUUACUUAGGACUACAUUUUGCUCUGUGAACUAUCCCCUGCGCUUUGAACGUGCCAGCAGCCCUUGUUUAUAUGCCCAGUCUUUUCACUUCCUCUCCAUAGGAGCCUGUAUGGUUGCUUGCCAAAGCAGAUUUCCUAAGGCCAUUAUUUUAAAAGAUCAUAGUUGCAAAAUAUAAUAAAAUAUUUUUAA